AUGUUUAAGCUUCAAUGGCUUGUUGCAAUUACUCUAGCUUGCUUGACAUUCUGCAUAGCAGAUAAUGUUUCAUAUGAUUCAAAUGCGAUAAUUAUAAAUGGAGAACGACGUAUUAUCUUCUCGGGCUCAAUUCAUUAUCCACGCAGCACUGAAGCAAUGUGGCCUGAUCUUAUUCAGAAAGCUAAAGAUGGUGGACUUGAUGCAAUUGAGACAUACAUUUUUUGGGAUCGUCACGAGCCACAACGAAGAAAAUAUGAUUUUUCUGGACGUUUAGAUUUCAUUAAAUUCUUUCAGCUUGUCCAAGAUGCUGGACUUUAUGUUGUCAUGAGGAUUGGUCCUUACGUGUGUGCCGAGUGGAACUACGGAGGCUUUCCAGUGUGGUUGCACAAUAUGCCAGGAAUCCAACUACGAACUAACAAUCAAGUCUACAAGAAUGAAAUGCAAACUUUCACGACAAAGAUAGUGAAUAUGUGUAAACAAGCCAAUCUCUUUGCUUCACAAGGAGGGCCAAUAAUAUUAGCUCAAAUUGAGAAUGAGUAUGGAAAUGUGAUGACACCAGCUUAUGGAGAUGCAGGAAAAGCAUACAUCAAUUGGUGUGCUCAAAUGGCCGAAUCUCUCAAUAUUGGCGUUCCAUGGAUCAUGUGCCAACAAAGCGAUGCCCCACAACCUAUCAUUAAUACAUGCAAUGGAUUCUACUGCGAUAACUUUACUCCAAACAAUCCUAAGAGCCCAAAAAUGUUCACUGAAAAUUGGGUGGGAUGGUUCAAGAAAUGGGGCGACAAAGACCCUUACAGAACUGCAGAAGAUGUAGCAUUUUCUGUGGCAAGAUUUUUUCAAUCUGGUGGCGUCUUCAAUAAUUAUUACAUGUAUCAUGGAGGCACCAACUUUGGGAGAACAUCGGGAGGUCCAUUCAUCACUACAUCUUACGAUUACAACGCCCCACUUGAUGAAUAUGGGAACUUGAAUCAACCUAAAUGGGGGCAUCUCAAACAACUUCAUGCAUCAAUCAAGUUAGGAGAGAAGAUUCUCACUAAUGGCACACGCUCAGACCAAAACUUUGGAAGCUCUGUAACUUUAACGAAAUUCUUUAACCCAACAACAGGGGAGAGGUUUUGCUUUUUAAGCAACACAGAUAGAAAAAAUGAUGCCACCAUAGAUCUACAAGGAGAUGGAAAAUAUUUUGUACCAGCUUGGUCUGUGAGCAUUCUUGAUGGUUGCAACAAGGAGGUUUACAACACUGCAAAAGUAAAUUCUCAGACAUCUAUGUUUGUGAAGGAGCAAAAUGAGAAGGAAAAUGCACAACUCUCGUGGACUUGGGCUCCAGAACCUAUGAAAGACACACUACAAGGAAAUGGUAAAUUUGCGGCAAACCUUCUCUUGGAACAAAAGAGGGUCACAGUUGAUUUUAGCGACUACUUCUGGUACAUGACGAAGGUUGACACUAGCAGAACAUCUUCACUUCAAAAUGUGACUCUGCAAGUGAAUACAAAGGGUCAUGUGCUUCAUGCUUUCGUUAAUAAAAGAUACAUUGGGUCGCAAUGGAAGAGUAAUGGCCAGAGUUUUGUGUUUGAGAAACCCAUUCUACUAAAAUCGGGAACCAACACAAUAACUCUUUUGAGUGCCACGGUUGGGUUGAAGAAUUACGAUGCAUUUUAUGAUAUGGUACCUACGGGAAUCGAUGGAGGUCCCAUCUAUCUAAUUGGAGAUGGAAAUGUGACAACUGAUUUGUCAUCAAAUUUGUGGUCUUAUAAGGUUGGAUUAAAUGGAGAAAUGAAGCAAAUUUACAACCCGAUGUUCUCAGAGAGAACAAAUUGGAUUGCAUUAAAUAAAAAAUCUAUUGGAAGGCGAAUGACAUGGUACAAGACUAGCUUUAAGACACCUGGUGGAAUUGACCCAGUGGUCUUGGACAUGCAAGGAAUGGGAAAAGGCCAAGCUUGGGUAAAUGGACAAAGCAUAGGCCGAUUUUGGCCAUCUUUCAUUGCCGGCAAUGACAGUUGCAAUGCAACAUGUGACUAUAGAGGUGCAUACGACCCUAGCAAAUGUGUGCAAAAUUGUGGAAAUCCUUCUCAAAGAUGGUAUCAUGUUCCAAGAUCAUUUCUUUCGAGCGACAAAAACACAUUGAUUUUAUUCGAAGAAAUUGGUGGAAAUCCACAACAAGUGUCAGUUCAAACAAUAACAAUUGGAACUAUAUGUGGAAAUGCUAAUGAAGGAAGCACCUUAGAGUUGUCUUGUCAGGGAGGACAUGUCAUCUCUGAAAUCCAAUUUGCAAGCUAUGGAAAUCCAGAAGGAAAAUGUGGUUCGUUUAAGCAAGGUUCAUGGGAUGUGACAAACAGUGCUCUUUUUGUGGAGAAAGCUUGCAUUGGCAUGGAAAGUUGUUCAAUUGAUGUAUCUGCAAAGUCAUUUGGAUUAGGCGAUGUUACAAAUUUAUCUGCAAGAUUGGCAGUCCAAGCACUAUGUGCACAAAAUUGA